AUGCCGACCCCUUCCGUGGCCUGCCUAUGCCUGGCUCUACUGUUCGUCGCGUGGCAUCCACAUCGUACCGUCGGCCGCAGCUACAGCAGCGGCCUGAUCUUCUACGAGCUGGCCACGCACACGCCCUAUCUGCCGCCCACGGUGAGCGUGUCGCGGGGUCGCAACCUGGCCAGCGUCAAGUACUCGUCGAAGGGCUCCAUCUGGUCCACAUUUGGACAGCCGUGCGAGUGCCGUGGCCCCGUCUGCGGAUGCUGUGCCGGCCUCAAGGUGGAUCAGUACAAAUUCGAUCAAAAAGUAUGCGCCAACGUCACGUUCGUGCCACAGCUGGAGGAGGCGCAGCUAGAGGUGUACCUCAAUGAGCGCCCCUCGUCGAAGUACGGGAUCUCGGUGCGGAAUCCGUCGCCGUUCUGCAUACCGGUCAUGAUGGGGGUGCCCAUGGCCAUGUGCGUCCAGAUGACCGACGUCGCGCUCGUAGGCAACAACCUCAACAUGUGCAUGGACUUUGUGGUGCGCCUGGCCACCACCGAUCUCUUCGAGAUGCACUUCCAGUGCAUGCGAAUGGGCCUCGACGGUCUCCAGUAUGUGGACAAGAAUGGUAAGCCCGUUCUGCCUCCCGCCGAAUCAUCAAAGGGCGACGAUGGGGAUGACGAUGAUGAUGAUGAUGGUGAUGAUGAGGAGCAAAUGGAACCGGGAACGGGUUCUGGUGCGGAGUAUGACUAUAACGAACCGGAAUUGCCAGAGGAGAAGGAGAAGCAGCAGGAGGUGGCAGAGGAGGAGGAGCAGCCUGAACCGUUGCCGAUUGAAAGUGAAAUGCUAAUGGCCAGCGAUCAAGACCUGGCCAACAAAGAAGACCAAGCGGAGGCGGAGACACCUGCCAAUGCUGGCGAGAGUGGCCUGAAGCCAAACGAAGUAAUUGAAACAAUUACCAAUUCAAUAAGAGCCACUGAAGCGCCUCCAACAGCAGCGACGACAACAACGACAUCGACUACGACCACGACAACUAGGCAGCCGAUCAUUGUUGUUAGUGAAGACACAUACCACGAGCAGAUCGAUGGCGGGGAGGAGACCGAGAAGGAGGAGGCGAAGGUGGAAGAGGUGAAGAUGUCAGCUGAGGAGGGGACGGAGCCAGCGGCAGAGGCAGAGGCAGAAGCACCCACAGUGGCAGAAGAAAUCGAAAACGAAAACAUUAGCGACAACGAGAUAAAUGUGGAUGAUGACGAUAGAAAUGGCGAAGACGCUGGGAAAGAUGCCAAGGUGAAGGAACCCCCAGCAAAAGUGCAGCCGGAGAUAGAGACGGGCACGGAGACGGAGACGGAAACAGAGACAGGCACUGAGUUAUAUGAUAUGCCAGUGCCAGUGCCAGUGGCAGAGGCAGAGUUCAACGAUGACACAGCUGCCGAGGAGGCCAAUAAAGCGGAAGAAGCGGACGUAGAUGAUGCUGAAGAGGGAGCGGAUGGCGAGAGUGAAGAUGGGGCUGAGGUGGAGGAAGAUAACACUGAUGCAAGCCAAGCAGUCUCUCCUGUGCUCUUAAUUUACUCGUAA